AUAUUUCUCUCCCCUCCGUUCGAAUCCAAUUGUCGCUCUCGCUCCACCGUACACGUCUCCCUCUAUUUCCAGAAAAUCGAAUCUGUUCGAUCCUCACUCGAGAAGCCCUCCUCUUCCCUUUUUUUUUCCGAUCGAUACCCUUCAUUUCCUGGUGGCGUGUACGUAUCGUUCCCGUGUCAGAAUUUGUGUAUACGCGCGUGUAUAUACAUGCACAGGCAUAGGGUCUUGGCGGAAUCUCAGACAUAGCUUCCUUCUUGCUCUGGUUUCGGUUUCUGGAGCGCGAUCCUGUUCUCUUGGUUUUCACUGGUUUUGCUGAAUCUGGGAAGUGGAUUAGAUCAUCUGGAAGCGCUUCAGAAUUUGUUGCCCAUGGAUGGUCCGGAAAGAUAAAGGGAUAGCCGACCUGCAGAUUUGUAUCUUGCCAUUGUACUUGUUGGUGUUAGGACAGCUUGUUAUUGACUUGUUUGGGUGAAAUAAAUCAAGAAAAAAAAGCAAGGAAAUUGGCGGAUCAAGAAGAUGGAAAUGCUUGGGUCUCACUUUGGCUCUUUACUGUCUAAAUUGAAUGCGGUGUCCACUUCUGAUCACUCAUCCGUGGUUUCACUGAAUCUCUUUGUUGCACUUCUCUGUGCCUGUAUUGUGAUUGGGCACCUUUUGGAAGAGAACCGAUGGAUGAACGAAUCCAUCACUGCUUUAUUGAUUGGUCUUGGCACUGGUAUUGUCAUUUUGUUGAUUAGUGGUGGGAAAAGCUCACGUCUUAUGGUCUUCAGUGAAGAUCUCUUCUUCAUAUAUCUUUUGCCACCAAUCAUAUUCAACGCGGGGUUUCAAGUGAAAAAGAAGCAGUUCUUCCGUAAUUUCGUGACGAUUAUACUUUUUGGGGCCAUCGGGACUAUAAUCUCUUGCAUAAUCAUAACUUUAGGUGUAACUCAGUUCUUCAAGAAUCUGGACAUUGGAACCUUCGAUUUGGGUGAUUAUCUCGCAAUCGGAGCGAUAUUUGCUGCAACGGAUUCCGUUUGCACAUUGCAGAUUCUUAAUCAGGACGAGACACCUUUGCUGUACAGUCUUGUUUUCGGAGAGGGUGUCGUGAACGAUGCCACCUCAGUCGUGCUCUUCAACGCGAUCCAAAGCUUCGACCUUUCCCACCUUAAUCUUGAAGCUGCUCUGCAUUUUCUCGGAAACUUCUUGUAUCUGUUUAUCCUGAGCACCUUGCUUGGUGUCGCUACUGGUCUGGUAAGUGCGUACAUAAUCAAGAAGCUAUAUUUCGGAAGGCAUUCAACUGAUCGGGAGGUUUCCCUCAUGAUGCUUAUGGCGUAUCUUUCCUACAUGCUUGCUGAGCUAUUCGAGUUGAGCGGCAUUCUCACCGUGUUCUUCUGCGGAAUCGUGAUGUCUCAUUACACCUGGCACAAUGUGACCGAGAGCUCGAGAAUCACUACCAAGCAUACAUUUGCGACGUUGUCGUUUGUUGCCGAGACAUUUAUCUUCCUCUACGUCGGAAUGGAUGCUCUCGACAUUGAGAAGUGGAGAUCUGUGAGCGACAGCCCGGGGACAUCAGUUGCAGUGAGCUCGAUUCUGCUCGGACUAGUGAUGCUCGGAAUAUCGUUUAUCUCCAACUUAUCCAAGAAGAAUCCAAACGAGAAAAUCGACAUAAAGCAGCAAGUCGUUAUUUGGUGGGCCGGUCUGAUGAGAGGCGCUGUAUCUAUGGCUCUGGCUUACAAUAAGUUCACAAGGUCGGGACAUACAGAGUUGCGGGGGAAUGCGAUAAUGAUCACCAGUACUAUAACUGUCUGUCUUGUUAGCACCAUGGUGUUCGGUAUGCUGACGAAACCGCUCAUACAGUUCCUGCUGCCGCAACAGAAAGCAACGACGAGCAUGCUAUCCGACGGUGGUACCCCAAAAUCGAUAACGAUCCCCCUGCUCGAGGGAGAGCAGCAGGACUCGUUCCUGGAGCUCGUCGGGACGCCCGAGAUGCAACGGCCGAACAGCAUCCGAGCCCUUCUAACGCGUCCCACACGAACCGUCCACCACUACUGGAGAAAGUUCGACGACGCCUUCAUGCGUCCCGUCUUCGGCGGCCGCGGCUUCGUCCCGUUCGUCCGAGGCUCUCCCACCGAGCGUAGCUCCCAUGACCUUACCAAACCCUAAAGCGUGUUCCACAAGAAAUAUAUAUACACACAUAUAUAUAUAUUUGUGUAAUUAGCAUUUGUAUUAUUAUUUGUGAUCGCAAGAAUUGGGAGCUUUUUGUCUUGGUUGGCGUCUGAAGUGUUUUUUGAGACAUGGGGAAUUGGGAACUUGGGGGGGGGGGGGGGGUAUAUUUUUUGUGUUGUAACUGCAUUCAUUACACAUUUCGAAUUUGUUGAAUGAUUGGUUACCGGUUCAAACCGGACCGGUCUGUUUUUGGUCAGGAUCGGACUUUCGGUCCGUUUUUGUUGAAAGUUUUUUAUGUAAUAAAAACCUUUGGGUUUGAUUUUUAUGCUUGAA